AUGGCGCCAAAGGUCCUCGUCGUCCUCACAUCGCACGAUAAGCUGGGGAAUACAGGGAAACCAACAGGAUGGUAUCUUCCUGAAUUCUCGCACCCCUACGAAGUGCUCGCACCACAUGUGAAAAUUACAGUCGCAUCUCCCGCCGGUGGUGAGGCGCCACUUGACCCUGCAUCCGUCGAGGCUUUCAAGAAUGACCCGAUAAGCACUAAAUUCCUCAAGGAGAAAGAGGAGCUGUGGAAGAAGACUGAGAAAUUAGAGAGCUUUCUGGGGAAGGCGGGGCAGUUUGAUGCGAUUUUCUUUGUUGGGGGGCAUGGCCCAAUGUUCGACCUCGCCCAGGAUCCUACAGCCUCAAAAUUAAUAAACGAAUUCUACGCCCACAAUAGGAUUAUCGCGGCCGUAUGCCACGGGCCAGUAGCUCUAUCACAUGUCAAACUUCCUUCGGGCGGCUAUCUCAUCGACGGACAACGCGUAACCGGUUUCUCCAACGAGGAAGAAGAUGCUGUGGGUUUGACGUCCGCGGUGCCGUUCAGCCUCGAGGACAAGCUGCGAGAGGCGAGCGGUGGUAAUUAUGUCAAGGCCGAUAAGGCGUGGGGCGAGAAGGUCGUCGUUGCGAGGGGAGGUAGGCUGAUCACCGGCCAAAACCCGGCAUCUGCUACUGGUGUUGGAAAAGCGAUUUAUGAUGCUAUUUUUGGGGAGUUGACUACUGCUGACGAGAAAUGA